GAGAAAGUCGGCGUCAGUACGGUUUCCGACGACUUUCCAACUGCACGUUUCAGAAUGCUGAAAUUUACGUGCGUUCAGUGUAUAAGAUAGUGUAACAAAUAAUUUCAGUGCAGUAAAUUUGGUUCCGUUUUUCUAGUGGCGAUGUACGAAAGCUCCUAAAAAUAGCCGGGAACCGCGCGCUCGCGUCGCCCGCAACGACUCUCGUUUUUCACUACUCACACUAUUUCUGUCUAUAAAAAAACUAUUCAGAAAUUAUAUGCUAAGAAAAUUACUUGGACGUGUGUGCAGACAAUGAAAAAGAAACAAAAAGUGCGCAAAAAACCAAUGGUCGCGCGGCGACAGUGAAACUUAUGUUUUAUAGUGUCCCUUUGUGUGCUUCUUUAUGUAAAACUUGCCAAAAAAAUGGCGCUUGUCAUGUUACCUUGCGACCUCCCUUGGUGGACAUCUGUCCAACGCCACUUGAAACAUCUUCUCGUAGCCUCCUCAUCAACAAAGCUCACAGCUAGUAUGCUUAAAAUUCACGAUAUGUGCAAUAUCGGCAUAGACCCUGAUGACGAUAUUAAAGACCCUGAUCUCUUGAAAGGCUUUGAGCAGUUCCUGGAACAAGAAUUAAGUGAUGAGGAAAGAGCAAACUUUUUGGAUAACACUAUACGCAUUAUGGUUAAUAGAGCAUUGCAUCUGAAGAAGUGGCGCCCUCCCAAAGGACUUGUUUUCAGUUUACAACAGCAAAGUGAUGUAACUGAACUGGACUACAAUUUGGUUUCAUCUCUCAUCGCUCACGCUUUUUUUUCAACGUUUCCGAAAAGAACGCUCAAAACACACCCGACAUUACAAGACUUCAACUUUACGCAUUUUUUUAAGAAUUUACACAGAAAAUCUCAACGGAAUAAACUAAAAAGCCUUUUACAUUAUUUUGAGUGGCUGGAUAAAAAUAGUAACGAAGGUUCUAUAAAAUUAAGUAGACAGGUACUAACCUCAAGGCAAUGGUUAACAAUAGAAGACUGGCUGGAAUGUUCUUUGCCCUUGUGUAAGCUUAUGGUGAGGCAUGAGGGUAGACCUGAGAGAUGUGAGAACGAUGACGCAAUCAGAGUAUGCUUCUCAUCAAGUCGGAUAGGUGGUGAUGUACUUAUAGAUGGAGAGUCCCAGGAAACCCUAUCAAUGUUUAUGAUGCCCGAAUUACUACCUGCAAUGUUAUCCGUCGAAGCGCUAGAAGACAACGAAGUUUUAAAAGUAGAAGGUGUUAGAAUGUUUAGCAGAAUUAGUGACAGGAAAUCGAAAGCUAAUAUAGAACUAUUAUCUGAACCGAAGACGGUCAAUGUAUGUUUGAUGGACGCAGAAGAUUAUAGUGCACUCCCAGCAAGUCAAUGGGAAGAAGACAAUAUUUUGAGAGAACUAAACAAGAGUCUUUUGGCUUUCCACCAGUCACCAACUAAGAGUCGAGAUUCUAAACAUGAUAGAAGAUUAUCCCCUAUUGGUGAAUCUUUUAGCCUAUCACCAACAGACGUGGAAGCGACUGUCAUGAUAAAACAAGCGUCUUCGUGCAGUACCAUUAACAGUCUAAACAGCAGAAGUCCAUCACCUCAGAACUAUUGUGCUGCAACGCUUAAUUUGAAUGAUCCCAGUUUAGAACUUCAAAAGCAAAAAUGCUGGUUAUCCCCCGAUGCGGGUACAUUAAAUAAUCGUCGCGGUAGAUUUAUUGUACUUGGAUCGUCAGGGGAGUGUUUGCCGGUUACGAGAAAUUCUGGACUUCAGACAGCUGAAACUCAGGAAGACAGUCUUUAUUCCAGCUGCAAUUCUAGCGAUGAUGAGUUCCAUAGUGCGAAUAGCAGCUUUGAUGAUGCGGGUAGUGAAGACGAAGGUCGAGGCGAGAGCGGUCGUCCAAAUUCAUUCCAGUACUCAAAAGAACUGUCCACCGAGGAAAGGAGAUUGAGUUUCGCCUCUCGCCUUAGAGACGCGCUUAAGAGAGAGGCAGAAACCUCUUGCACGACCAGUACCACGGGAGACUGGUCAACAGAUAGUUCCAGUUAUGCAGUAGGUGUCAGUAUAUCGGGGGCUGAAGUUAAUGACAAUGAUAUUAGAGUGAAACGCGGUGGUUCUGUAGGUUUCGUUUUGACUGAGGAGGAAACAGUUGAAAAUCGAAAACCUCCAAGGCGUUUACUGUCAAGAAAGGAAACGGGAAACAGUUCGAAAUACAGCUUCAGCACAGAAUACACGUCCGAACUAGAAGAGGUUUACGAACAAUUUAACCAUUGGUUGAAUGAUCCCAUUGUCGAUAGUGAAGGCGAUAGCAAAAAUCGGGAGCUAGACUCAAGAGACUUGGCAGUAAUACGCUUUGCCGGAUCUCUUCUCAAACGAACACUAAGCGAGUCAAUGGCAAGUGGAGCUGGAAUUGGAGCGGGGGCGGAAGUAGCAGAACUCUAUGGAAGAGAAAGAGAAAGGGUUCCACCAAGAAGACUAGCCCUUGCUGCACGAUCUUUGUCACUCGAGUUGGCAAGACACCGGCAUCGUUUGGCUGCACAUCUGAGACGUAAAGUAAAAGAAUCAAUACCCGAAGAGAUUAUUAAAGAAACGGAAAACGAAAGAGAAACAGAUUCAAAUAGUAACACAAGAUCUCUUAGUGCAUCGACUGAGACGAAUUCAACUCAGAUUUCAAAUCCUAGCGUUAGGAAGAAAAAAUUAAACUGGGUUGUGAAUAUGAUCGUAGAGACAAUAGAAGAAAACGUUGAGUGUGAACCUGUCACGAUUAAAUUAAAACACAAGUUAAACGAAUUGGCCAACAAAAUCGUAUCUGGCGGAUCAUGCAAGCCAGUGGCAACUGGAAACUGGGGUUGUGGAUCGCGUCAACGUGGGCAUCCCCAAUUGAAGCUUCUCUUACAGUGGCUGGCUGCUAGCGUUGCUGGGGUACCAGCACUUUUCUAUUAUACGUUUGGAAACGAAAAUCUAUUUAAGCUGGACACAUUGGUAAGAGUGCUGGUGGAUCGAAAGUGGACAGUGGGCCAACUUGCAAGAGCGAUGUUAAAAUUUUCACGUCAAUAUCUUCACGAACAUCACGUCAUUCCCGAUAAUCACACGUUGUUUGAUGAACUCAUAGGAAUCGAGAAGAUACCGGAUGAUGAUUAAUCUACAAUUAAUUAAUUUUAAUUAUUUUUGGCCAUUAUGAAAUAUGGUACAAAAUGGCGGAUUAAUGCGAUGUUUGAAGCUCCAACAAUGCAAUAUUAUAAUUUUGUAGUAAUUUUAAUAAAUAUUGGAACUUCGAAAGCUACGUUACUAUUAACUAAAAUGGCGGGAUCUUAAAUAUUGGCGCCAUAACAUGUAAAAACAUUAUUCGUAUAGCAACUGCUUUACUAUAUUUUUGUUUUAAUUUUGGCUUGUUUUGGAAUUGGCCAAGGGGGCAUGCACUGUUCCACCGCUGCAGAGAAUAUUAUUUUUAACGACUAAUAACGAUUUGAUGAUUUAUAUUCAUAAAUAUAUUUGCGAUUUAAUUUUUAAUACCUUAAGAUCUGAAUAUUAAUACAUAUUAUUAAUAUGUAAUAAAAUCGUUUCGGUGCUAAAAUAUAUGCAAAUGUGUUGCUGUAUAGUGUAUACAAUUAGCUACAAAGUUGCAUUUCAAAAUUUAUUAGUAUUUUAUUAUUUUUCUACAUAAUCAAUCUUUUCACAGAUUAUAGAAUACUCUUAGAUUUUCCUGUGUUGUCCUAUUUUUAUUUCAUAUUAUUGUUUUUAUGGUUGGGCUAUUCGAAUACUUAAAAUAUUGCAAUUUCGAUGCAUUUACGAGUCAAUAGGAAAUGAAGUUAAUAUGUACAUAAAUAUCAAAAGUAUUUAGCAUAGGAACACAUUGAUAAUAAUAUAGCUAAUGGCAAUAGUAAUGUAAGACAUCUGUCAUUAACAAUUAUAAGCAAUAUUAAGUUUGAUCGGAUUUCAGGAUAUUUUUGUACAAAUAUGGAAUUAUAAGAAGACACUCUUAAAAAUACUCUUUGCACUUGUAUUUUUAGCACAACAUACAUACGUUGGAUUUUCAAUUGUUACUGUUAAAAAUAUCUUGAUUUUUUGUUUAUCUCGUUAACAUUUUGUUUGUUUAAGCAGAAAAGUCUUCCAUAGCAUGGUUCUCAAUGUGUCCAAACUUUAAUAAUUUAUGUAAUCAUUUAUAAUACAAAAGAUAAAAGAAAACAAA